AUGGCUGCGUGCGACGUCGCUGCGAUGCAACGGUCUGGCCUCAGGCUUGUGCUCGCUGCUGCGCUGGCUGCUCUCAUGCUCUCAGCGUGUGCGCCCAGGGCGGCGGAAGCCCUGCGCCUGGCAUGCACUGAUCGCAGCUGCGGCGCCAACGCGAGGUGCCUCAAGAGCGUGGCGGGCUGGGCGGACUGCGUGUGCGACAGGGGCUUCAAGCUGCUGCCCAACGCCUCCUGCGCGCAAUUCUGCACGAGCGCGGACUGUGGGGAGAACGGGUACUGUGAGGAGGAGCAGGGGGGGCUCACCACGUGUCGCUGCAACACUGGCUUCGCCAAGACCGCCGACGGCUGUGUUGACACGUGUGUGCUCCUGGAGUGCGGUGUGAACGGGCAGUGCGUGAAGGACGAGGAGGGGGCGGCGUCGUGUGUGUGUGACGCUGGCUUCACGCUGCGAGAUGAUGGCAAGUCGUGCGCUGAGAAGGCGCCCAGGGCUCCAGCCGUCGUCCUGCCACCUGCUGCUAGUAACUGCCGCUGCCCGCGGGGCCAAGAGAAGGACGCGGAGGGCAACUGCGUUGCUCGCAGCUGUGGUUCCUGCAAAUGGCGUUUCUGGCCGGGCCGAUUGUGUUGUCGCCGCCCCCACGUGUCUGCCUGCAGACCCAUGGACGACACGUGCAAACUGCAGGCAUGUGGUGAGAACGGUCGCUGUGUGAAGGAUGAGGCGGGGACGGCGUCGUGUGUGUGUGACAUUGGCUUCACGCUGCAAGAUGACGGCAGGACGUGCACGGAUAAUUGCAUCCUUAAGUGGUGUCAGAAGCCCAAAAUUUGUAGGAAGAUGGAAGACGGCGCGGCGGACUGUGUGUGCAAGCCAGGCCACGCGCCGCUCUACGGCACUUGUGUUGGGCCGACCACGUGUGGCAACUGCCCGGCCCUGGCCACAUGCACGCUGGUCUCGUCCACCAGAAAGGCUCCUUACUGCGUCUGCCCUUCUGGCUUUGGCAUGACCGACACUGGUUGCGUCCGUGGAGCCUCCCCAACCGUCUCCUCUGCGAGUCUCACCUUCUACAGCCAGCCGGAAUAUGCCUUGACGCCCUCCACCUUCACCAUGCGUGUGAGAUACUCCGGAUGCACCAACCUACCUUCAACAAUCGCUCGCAACGUCCGGUCGUACUGGCGGGUGGACCGGGCACCGGGAGGAGCGGGGCACUGCCGGUUUGUCAACGUGUAUCGCUAUGCCAACUGUGUUACGCUGGUGGCUCAGCUGCCUGCCCUCUCACUCACCAGCAUCGAUGCAGAGGGUGUCUCACCCACAUCAGCUGGCAUGCUGUCUUUCAUGUGUGUCCGCUAA